AUGUCGACAACAACUACUGUGGUCGAGGCGCCCCAAGCUACCUCUAUCUCUGCCGAAACCAUCCUGCGCCUAUUCCCCGACAUAGACACGACCAGCACCUCGGAGCUUGACGGCCACGAUGAGGAGCAGAUCCGUCUUAUGGACGAGGUGUGCAUCGUCCUUGAUGACAAUGACCAGGCGAUUGGCACAGCUAGCAAAAAGAUCUGCCACCUUAUGACCAACAUCGAUAAGGGCCUCCUCCACCGGGCUUUCUCCGUCUUCCUCUUCAACGACAAGAACGAGCUGCUCCUGCAGCAGCGCGCCAGCGAAAAAAUCACCUUCCCAGACAUGUGGACGAACACUUGCUGCUCUCACCCACUCAUGAUUCCUGGCGAGACUGGUAACAACCUGGCAGAGUGUGUCGAAGGCGUCAAGAACGCGGCGCAGAGGAAAUUGGACCACGAGCUGGGCAUCAAGAAGGAGCAGGUGCCUCUGGAAGACUUUCACUUCCUGACGCGUAUCCACUACAAGGCGCCGAGUGAUGGAAAAUGGGGCGAGCAUGAAAUCGACUACAUCCUGUUCAUCAAGGCCAACGUGGAUCUAAACAUCAACGAGAACGAGGUCCAGGCCACACAAUAUGUCACAGCAGACGCCCUGAAGAAGAAGUUUGAGGAUCCGGCGCUCAAGUUCACGCCCUGGUUCAAGCUCAUCUGCAACUCCAUGCUCUUCGAGUGGUGGUCGCAUCUCGACUCGGGACUGGAGGCUUACACCAACGAACAACAGAUCAGGCGCAUGUAG